CGCCCGACAUACGAGCGCACUCGCCAGCCUAGCAUCCGCAUCCGCCGCAGCUCGAGCGGCUCGCAGGCGCCCCCGAUCGACUAUGCGUCCGAGAGCAGCGACACCGACACCGGGACGCGCUACGGCAUCCGGCCCCGGAGCAUCUCGCAGCCCUCGCCGACGGCCCAGUCCAACGCCGAUGGCAACGUUGCCCGGCACUCGCGCCGCGUGCCCCAGCUGGCGCUGCCCCGGCUGACGGAGGAGGGAUCGCGCCCGACCAUGGCCGAGCUCGGCGUUCCCAUGUCGCCGGCGAGGUCGCUGCCCGAUCAGCGGGGGGACGAGGACGAGCAGCGCCGCCGCCUGUCCGCCGGCUCGGAGCCCGGGCGGCGGCUGACGAGGAAGAGGAAGCUAAGCAAGCUGCUCUGGCCCGGCUCCCUCAACCGCGGCUCGCCUGCUCCCGCCAGCGACACAGAGACCGGCGGCGAGUCCGCGCAUGGACACGCACAGGGACAAGCACAGGGACGCCCCCAGCCGCAAUCGGACGAAUACGGCGAGGGGCUGGUAGACUGGCUCGACAUCAUUGAUCCCGAGGUCCAGACCCUUUCGACCCUGACCAACGUGCAAAAUUCGCUGUUCGUGCCUGACCUCGGCCCUUGGAUCAACCGUCGCCCGACGUACGUGCUGUCACAGCGUGAGGCUGGACCGCAUGGUCGGCUGGGCCGCGCUGCAGAGCGCGAGGAGGAGCGUCUGCCCGAGAUACCGGAUGAGGAGGCGAGGGUCGAGACCGGCGUCGAGCCCACGGCCGAGGCUGAGACUGCGGCUCCAACCACGCUGCGCAGGUCGGACACCAUCACGUCGAGGCUCACGGACUCGCACUAUGCCGCGCUGCCGCAUGGCUUUAGCCUUGAGGGCUGGACCGAGGAGGAGAAGCUGGAGCUCGACGACCGCGUGCGCCACAUGCUGCACUCGCGCCGGUCUCGCUUCAAGCGCACCAUGAAGGGCUUCGGCCAGUACGUGCGGCGGCCCCUGGGCUUCUUUGUCACGCUCUAUGCUACGCUCAUCACCCUGUUCGGCCUGGCAUGGGUACUGUUCCUCAUCGGCUGGAUCUACGUUGGCGACAAGCAGGUGUAUACGAUACACAUCAUCGACAGCGUGCUGGUCGCCCUCUUCGCCAUCAUGGGCGACGGCCUGGCCCCCUUUCGGGCCGUUGACACGUAUCACAUGGCCUUUGUCGUGCACUACUCGCGCAAGAUUGCCAAGGCCAAGAAGCAGAAGCAGAAGCUCAAGGACAAGGAAGCCGCCAGCGCCGGCGUCUCGGUCGAGCGAAUCGCCUCCACCAGCAGCAACCUCCCGUCGGGUAUGCCUCAGCCGCAGCCACAGCCACAGCCAAUGCCAGUCCCUGUCCCUGCACCCGCCCCCGAGCUUGAGCAGGCCAUGGUGGACCAUAACGCCGACGUAGAGGCCGCCAAGCUUGAUAUCGAGUACGACCAGGACUCGCCGCUCACGUUUAAGCAGUGGAAGCGCAUGCGGCAUCACCAGAAGAAGCUGGCCAAGUCGCACAGCUUCUACAAGCCCGACGAGACCUUUACGCACCACGCCUUCCCCCUGAGCUACCUCAUCGCCAUUGUCAUCCUGCUCGACUGCCACUCGUGCCUGCAGAUUUCCCUUGGCGCCACCACCUGGGGCAUCGACUACCACCACCGUCCCUUUGCCAUCACGACCGUGAUUCUCUGUGUGAGCAUAACGUGCAACAUCACCGCGGGUCUCGUCAUCAUGGUGGGCGACCGCAAGACGAGAAAGAAGGACGUGUGGAAGCUGCUGACGCGCCAGGAGCUGACGGGCGAUGCCAUCAAGCACCUCGAGACGAAGCGUGCCAAGGAGCAGAGCCGGAGCCACGACAGCACCGAGGAUGAGAAAGAAAGAGGGGAGAGGGAGAACAUGCUGAUGGACAAGAGGGGAGAGGGAGAUGAAGAAGAUUAG